GUGAUACAUAAGUUCGAUCUACUACGGCUCUUACCCAUUAUCUCCUCAACUCUUUGGCUUCCUAGAAUUCCCAUUGGCCGAAUGAUUAGCGCCUCGUUAGUCAUGACUAAGUAGAAGGGUAUUCGGUUUAAAUCCUUCAACUCUUACAACCCACUUCGCUUACUCCGAUCCAUCAUCUGAUCAGUCGUAAUGAGAAAAGAACGUAGGCCAGAUCCUCCUCCAGAAGCCUCCAGAUCCAGCGAGGCAGCCGCUGCUGAAAGCUCAAGCCAGCCCCAUAGCAGAGUGAAUAAGGCUCUGAGGAAAUUUACGAAGACCGUGACUAAAAAGAUUCCUAAACCCUUCAAGCGUUCCCGCGGCCGCGUUCUUGUUACCCAGAACGUCGAUCAUGAAGGUGCUUCAUCGGAUCAGAAUAUUGAUCCGUCGCAUCUGCAUCCUGCUGACAACAAGCAUCCCACCACAUCUGAGAAUCCCAGUGGCUGUGCGGACCAAGGCCCAUCCGGAGAACCUGCUUCGAAGGUUAAGGCCACCCCCUCUGGCGUGGAGGAAACUUCUGGUCCUCAAUCGGCUGAUGCUGACAUUCGGGAUGCCCGUGAGGCUGUGGAACUUCGGGAUGCUCAUGAGGCUGCGGAAAUUCGGGAUGCUCAUGAGGCUGCGGAACGCAUGAGACUACUCGGGGGACACACCACUUCUGUGGUGUCCGCCGGUCAAAAUGCCCCAGCAGAUCUCACUGCCACAUACGACUUCCAGACCACAUAUCUCCAACCCCUCAAAAUUUUCGACGCCGCCAUUGAGAAGCUCGGGAAUGUAUGAGUGACUUUCCUUGAUUGGAAGCAAACUAACCAAGUUGUUCAGGUCCAUCCAUACGCAAAGAUGGCGCUGGGUGUGCUGUCUGCGGCAUCCAAAAUUGUUCUCGCUCAAGCGGAGCGCGAUCAAUCAGUAUAUCGUCUUCUCGAGAAAUUAGAUGAAGUUUACCAUUUCAUGACACACGACGACGUUCUUGGCAAGAUUGAAUCGAUGCGCGAUAUCGUUGGACAGCUCGUUGAGCAGACCCUAGAGUGU